AUGACACGGCAGCAGAAGAAGAAGGAGGUGGCUUGGUGGGGCUUCGUGCUAUCGACACUGGCAGGCACAUGCGCGGGGCUGGCGUCGGUGUUUGGCAAACUGGCGAUGGAUGGCGUGUGGAUCCUACGAUUUGUGGAAUUCUGCCACAGCACCACAACGAUGACGACGGUGGUGGAUGAGUAUGCCGGAGCGGCGCUGAGGGCAGCGUGCUUCGGGAUGGUGUUCGUGUGCAACAUGAUCAUGUGGAACUUCUUCUUUGUGAAAUCGAUGAACCUCUCGUCGUCCGUGACCGCCACCGUGGUGAACUCGGCCACCAACUUCUUCUCCAGCGCCCUUCUCGGCCACCUCCUCUUCUCCGAACCUCUGCCGGCGGCGUGGUGGCUCGGCUCAGCCUUCAUCAUCGCUGGCCUCUUCUUCCUCGCCCGCGGGGACACCUCCACCUCGACCACGGACGACGUAGCGCGAAGCAAGCGAUCCUCGUCGAAGAUGAAGAACAAGAAGAAGAUGAAAUAA